AUGGUCACGAUUGAUCCCUUCGGCGCUUGUUUCGUCGAAGCUUUUCCGGAAUAUAUCCAGAAGGGAUACGACAUCCGGCCAACUAUUGCUGUGACGAGAGCAAACAUGGAUUUUCCAGAGAUCCACGAAGCCGUGCGGCUUGGUCGACUGAAACCUGAUGGCAAGAUACUGAAGAAUUUGUCACAGCUUGUCAAUACUGAAGUUGCUAUUCAUCCCGUGUGGUACCUCCCUGAAGUGGCCAAGCAGUUUGACACGAUGGAGGCCAAUUUUCGCCAGCAGAUAUUCCAGGAGACUAAUGGCAUGUACUCAGAAUUGGUCACGACGCCGUCAACAUCGAAUCAGAAUUGUUCAUAUUUAUGUCAUCAUCGACUGCAACAGAAACUGCUCGACGACCUGACACAAUUUGUCGUCGAGAGAUUUGAUACGGCCAUUCUAGAUGUAUGCUAG